GACGCUGACGCCGGCCGGUCCCACAGGACGGCACGCUGGUGCUGGGUGCCCCCGGUGGCUACUACUUCAUGGGGCUCCUGUACUCGGUGGAGGUGGAUGCCAUCCUCACCCGCUUCCACGGCACCUCCCUGCUGUGGCCCGAGCGCCCGGGGCGACCCACGGAGGAUCCCAUGGCCAUGGACUACGAGGAUGGCUACCGGGGGUACUCGGUGGCCGUGGGCGAGUUCGAUGGUGAUCCCGAAACUAAAGAGUUGGUGGUGGGGGUCCCCAACAAGAGCAACACGAGGGGCGAGGUGAGUGGUGCCCCCGGUGCCCGGCUGUGGGGGGAUGCCCGGUGGUGGGGACAUGGCUGGGGACGGGCACCCCGGGGUGGGGACAGGGACGGGGCCUGA